UUGUGCUGACGGAAUCUGUCGGAAGAGAAACAGAGCAUCUAGAUCUUACAGCCGAAAGAAGUUUCCUCUCUCUCUCUCUCUCUUCUUUCUCUCUCUCUCUCAUCAUUAUUCCAGACGAGUAAUUUACGGAAUAACAAAAACAAGUAAAUUCAGACAUGAAUUGUGUUAAACAAACUCAUCAAAAUUCAUCAUGAAAGUUCAUAAUUCAAGCUUCAAUAUCAUAAUCUUCAGCUGCUGCUUCUUCUUCUUCACACUCUCUGUAUCAAUCCCAGUUACAGAAAAUGAAUCCGAUCAUCACACAAGAAGAAUUCUCCAUCAACCAUUAUUCCCGGCGACUUCAGCUCCACCACCAACCCCCACCGUCACACAACCACCACCUUCUCCCAAUAAUAUUCCAUUCUUCCAUGAGUAUCCAGAAGGACCACCGUCGAAUCAGAAUCAAGCAGCACCGGUAAUAUCAUCACCAAACGCUUCAUCGGCGAAUCCAACGGCAACACAACCAGCAAAAGGAACAAAGAAAGUAGCCAUUGUGAUCUCCGUUGGAAUUGUGACGCUUGGAAUGUUGUCGGCGUUGGCUUUCUUUUUAUACAAACACAGAGCAAAACACCCUGCGGAUACACAGAAGCUAGUGUGUGAUAACACACAGAGGAACAACGAUUCAAAUUCAGCUCCUCCAGUACCGUCGAGUUUUCUCUAUAUCGGAACAGUGGAACCUUCCAGAAGGUCAACGACGGUCAACGAUCCCAGAGAAACAGAGAAGCCUAACCGUUCGCCGUAUCAUAAACUGAAUUCCGUUAAGCGAUCCGAUCGGUAUCGACCUAGUCCUGAGUUGCAGCCAAUGCCGCCGCUGAGUAAACCUCCCGUCGACGGAAAUAUCCCGCCGGCGAUGUCUUCGUCUUCUUCCGAUGAGGAAAGUAACGAGACAGCGUUUCAUUCGCCGCAAAACUCUUCGGUAAGUCAAGAAGACGGGUUUUACACGCCGGUAACACGUCUCUUUAACGGUAGCUCGGCGAAGAGAGAGAAUCAUUCGACGGUUACGCCUCUUCCGUUGUCAAAGAGAACUUCACCGAAAUCUCGUCUUUCUGCUGCGUCACCGGAUAUCCGACACGUCAUCAUACCGUCUAUCAAACAGACUCCAAAUCCGCCACGUCAGCAACCGGGAAAACAGUUAACAACCGGAGGAGGACAUUCAAGGAAACCGAAAUUCUCAGCUCCGCCGCCACCUCCGAAUUUGGCGCAUCUUCAAUCAACAACUAAUACAUUUUCUCACGUGUCCAAGACUUCAUCUGCUCCUGCUCCUCCACCACCACCACCACCUGCUCCUGCUCCUCCGCCACCACCACCUCCACCACCACCAAUGACUCGAAAAUCAUUAUCGCCGCCGACGGUUUCAGGAUCUUCUGCAUCUAUAAAGAGGCUAAGUGUAGGAGAUGAUUCAGCUUUUAGUGUAACAAAAGGUUCAGACUCUGUUCCAGAUCAUGUUGAUAAUGAUGAGAGUGUGAGAUCUUCUUCCGAGAGGUUUGAAGACGAAACCAAUGAAACGGAAAGUGGAAAACCGAAGUUGAAAGCUUUGCAUUGGGAUAAAGUUCGAGCUACUUCAGACCGUGCUACUGUGUGGGACCAAAUUAAAUCAAGUUCAUUUCAAUUGAAUGAGGAUAUGAUGGAGUCCUUGUUUGGCUGCAACAAUGCAACGAAUUCUGCUCCAAAACCGAAAGAACAAGGUGUUAGAAAGUCGGUUCUUCCCUCUGCUGAUCAUGAGAACAAGGUGUUAGAUCCUAAGAAGUCACAGAACAUAGCUAUACUUCUAAGGGCACUGAAUGUGACAAGAGAUGAGGUUUCUGAGGCUCUUUUAGAUGGGAAUCCUGAAGGUUUGGGUGCUGAGCUAUUGGAAACCCUAGUAAAGAUGGCUCCCACUAAAGAGGAGGAGAUAAAAUUGAAAAACUUCAACGGCGAUCUCUCGAAACUUGGAUCUGCAGAGAGAUUUCUUAAAGCAGUGCUUGAUAUCCCUUUUGCCUUCAAAAGAGUUGAAGCUAUGCUAUACAGAGCCAAUUUUGAUUCAGAAAUCAACUACCUCAAGAAGUCCUUCCAAACCCUUGAAGCAGCAAGUGAGGAAUUAAGGAACAGUCGAUUAUUCUUCAAACUCCUUGAAGCUGUUCUCAGGACAGGAAACAGAAUGAAUGUCGGCACUAAUCGAGGAGACGCUAAAGCUUUCAAACUCGACACCCUCCUAAAACUCGCAGAUAUAAAGGGAACAGAUGGAAAAACCACGUUACUCCACUUUGUUGUCCAAGAGAUCAUUAGAUCUGAAGGUGCAGAAACUGAACCUGCAAAAGGAAGUAUUCCCGAACAAAUGGAGUCUAAGUUUAACGAGGAGCAGUUUAAGAAAAAUGGAUUGCAUGUUGUGGCCGGUCUCAGUAAAGACCUUGAUAGUGUCAAAAAAGCAGCAGGAAUGGACUCAGAUGUCUUGAGCGGCUACGUUACAAAGCUUGAAACGGGACUUGAAAAAGUUCGGUUCGUUUUGCAAUAUGAAAAACCAGAUAUGAAAGGCAAAUUCUUUAAUUCCACAAAACUCUUUUUGAAAUAUGCAGAAGAUGAAAUAGUGAAAAUUAAGGCUCGUGAGAAAGAGGCUUUAUUCCUUGUGAAAGAAGUUACUGAAUACUUUCAUGGGAAUGCAGCAAAGGAAGAAGCACACCCUUUAAGAAUUUUCAUGAUUGUGAGAGAUUUUUUAAACAUUUUGGACUUGGUUUGCAAAGAAGUGGGAAGGAUGCAUGAUAGAAUUGUCGGCGGCGCUUCAAGAUCCUUCAGAAUAGCUUCAAAUGCACCAUUACCGGUUCUUAACAGGUACAAUGGGAAACAAGAUAGAAACUCGGAUGAGGAAAGCUCAUCAUCCCCUUAGUAUUGUGAAUACAAAAAGAAACAAUAGCCUCUCAAAAUAACUGUGAAAGUAAAUGAAUGACUUUGCAAAUUUAAAUUCUCAUGAGAUAACAGUGAAGGACAAUUUUCAGUGAGAUAAAACAUCAAACAUGUUAAAUGCAUGUUCAUGGUGGGGAAGAGAAAGGAGCAUACCGUUGAAACGUGCUACAAAGGUUCAUGCCAAUGCUACUAUCCUCAUUCAAAUGGGAGGUGCAAGAAAUGCAUCAUUUUGUUUCUUCCACUGAAAUACGUAUGCUACAAGUCAAAAUAGGUGCUAUUAGAUUAGAGACAUAGUUCCACAUGUGAAUGUUUUGAUUUACGUAAGAGGCUCUAUAUGUAAUUUUUUAAACAUCAAAUACUGAUAAUAAAUAGCUGUUUUGCAGCAAUUUCUUCA